AUGUGUCAACCAUAUGAGAAGGAAGCCAAACCAGGCAAUGCAAAACAGGAGAGUCAAGAAGCUUCCCAGCAGCAGGAGGAGGAGGAAGAGGACAGAGACAACGAGGCAGGCACCAAGAGGAGUGGCAACGAGGAGGAGGAGGAAGAAGAUGGAGCAUCUGAGUACUCUUCUGCAGAUGAGAGCAUCUUUGCAAAAACAGAUACGCUGAAGGUCAAGCAACGGCGAAGACGGAAGCGAGGUGGAGAAGAGGAAGCGGAAUCAUUCUUUGAAGAGGACGCUUCGCAGUACGAUGACAGCCUCUCCUUCCAGGACAUGAAUCUCUCUCGGCCCUUGCUGAAGGCAAUCAACGCAAUGGGCUUCAAGCAGCCGACCCCGAUCCAGAAGGCCUGCAUCCCAGUGGGGCUGCUGGGGAAGGACAUCUGUGCUUGUGCCGCCACGGGGACAGGGAAGACGGCCGCCUUCAUGCUGCCUGUUCUGGAGCGCCUGAUCUACAAGCCACGCCAAGCGCCCGUGACCCGCGUGCUGGUCCUGGUGCCAACGCGGGAGCUGGGCAUCCAGGUGCACUCGGUGACGAAGCAGCUGGCACAGUUCAGCAGCGUCACGUCCUGCCUGGCCGUGGGAGGGUUAGAUCUGAAGACUCAGGAGGCGGCGCUCCGCUCGGGUCCCGACGUCCUCAUCGCCACGCCAGGCCGCCUUAUUGACCACCUGCACAACUGCCCCUCCUUCCACCUGGGUAGCAUUGAGGUCCUGAUCCUUGACGAGGCUGACCGGAUGCUGGACGAGUACUUUGAAGAGCAGAUGAAGGAGAUCAUCCGCCUGUGCACCCGCCAUCGCCAGACGAUGCUCUUCUCUGCCACGAUGACUGAGGAGGUGAAGGAUUUGGCUUCAGUUUCCCUCAAGAACCCCAUCCGGGUCUUUGUGAACAGUAACACGGAUGUGGCCCCUUUUCUGCGCCAGGAGUUUAUCCGCAUCCGUCCCAACCGUGAGGGAGAUCGGGAAGCCAUUGUGGCAGCCUUGCUGACUCGGACGUUUCCAGACCACGUGAUGCUCUUCACCCAGACCAAGAAGCAAGCCCAUCGCCUGCACAUCCUGCUGGGCCUUCUGGGCUUGCGGGUGGGUGAGCUUCACGGCAACCUCUCGCAGGCACAGCGCCUGGAGGCCCUCCGGCGUUUCAAAGAUGAGCAGAUUGAUGUCCUGGUGGCCACUGACGUCGCAGCACGAGGACUCGACAUAGAAGGGGUCAAGACGGUGAUCAACUUUACAAUGCCCAACACAACAAAGCAUUAUGUCCAUCGGGUGGGGCGCACGGCCCGGGCAGGUCGAGCCGGCCGUUCUGUGUCUCUGGUGGGCGAGGAAGAGCGCAAGAUGCUGAAAGAAAUCAUCAAGGCAGCUAAAACCCCAGUCAAGGCCCGAGUCCUCCCCCAGGAUGUGAUCCUGCGUUUUCGGGAGAAGAUUGAGAAAUUGGAGCCAGAUGUGUAUGCUGUGCUACGCCUGGAGCAGGAGGAGCGGGCGUUGCAGCACUCAGAGGCCCAGAUCAAUACAGCCAGGCGGAAACUGGAGGCCGGAGGGGCUCAGGAGGCAACACAGGAUGCUCCCCGCAGCUGGUUCCAGAGUCAGGAGGAGAGGAGGAAAGAGAAGCUGACCAAGGCCCUUCAGGAGUUUGACCUUGCUCUGCGUGGCAAGAAAAAGAGGAAGAAGUUCAUGACAAACUCUCAGAAGAAGGCCCAGAUGACGCCGGAGGAGCGGUCCCAGUUCGAGAUCCUGAAGGCUCAGAUGUACGCCGAGCGCCUGGCGAAGCGGAACCGCCGCCCCAAGCGAGCCCGGGCCAUGCCGGAGGAGGACUCUUCGGCAGGAGGGCCCAAACAGACGCGCAAGAAGAAAUCUUCGGUGUUUGAUCAGGAGCUCACCAACACAAACAGGAAGGCCCUCAAACAGUACCGUGCCGGGCCCUCUUUUGAAGACCGGAAGCGCCUGGGCCUGGCCCGGAGGAAAGGCGGAAGCUUCAAAGGAAGGUCCCGGUACAAGAGGAAAUGAGGGGAGCAGGCCCUGCCAGACGUCCACUGGCCUUCGCUUGAGGACCUUACUUUCGGAUGCCAAGGAUGGCUUGGCAGCCUCGUCAGUGCCUUCAGGACCCAGAGAGGGGAGCCCACGCGAUGAGACAGCAGGAAAACGAGACAGCCGGGGGCUUGGCUCUCACGGCCACUCCUCCCCUUUGUCCAAGCUUCCCAUUCAGGGAGAUCCAUUCACAGUGUGCUCUCUUGCUUCCAGAGUAUUUUGCAGUUUUGUGCCAGCCUUUGUUUCUAAGGAAAAGCUUGGAGCAUCAUUACCAUCACUCUGGAAAACUUUGUUUUUCUCUUGCUCCCACAUUGCUGUGUCUGCUCACCUUGUUAUGGAAUUCAGCCUUUUGCUUGAAACCAAACCAAUGGGUCCAAAAUAAAUGUCCCGACUCAGUGA